AUGUCUUAUUCUGGAACGUCUGGAAUCCGUUCCUUAGAGGAGGGGUCCUGUCAUGAGUCCCGACCCGGUGUUCCACCACCAGGGCUCAUAUACCUGAACAAUAUCCCGAACAGUCAGAAAGAUGUUGCUUCUGUGACACCAUGGUCAGCUCCAAUCAUUUGGGAGGGAACCUUUGACCCCAUACUGAUCGACUCUAUCUACAAACAACACAAUCUCACCAUAGCAACCACAGUCUUCGCUUUGGGAAAAUACACGCGUUUUGUUAAAGAUUUUUUGGAGUCAGCAGAACAGCAUUACUUUGUUGGAUUUCGAGUGCAUUACUACUUGUUUACAGAUCAACCAGAAUCGAUUCCUGAGGUGAAGAUGGGUGAAAACCGUAAUUUGACAGUUCUAAAAAUCCAGAGAUUGAAAAGAUGGCAGGACAUCAGUAUGAGCAGGAUGGAAAAACUGGAAAAACUAAUAGAGAAUGAACUGGCCAACAAAGCUGACUAUAUUUUCUGCCUUGACAUAGAUACAAAGUUCUAUGGCCGUUGGGGUGUGGAGUCUUUGGGUCGUCUGGUAGGUGUGAUUCAUCCUUGGUUGUUUGACGCUCCAAGGGAUCGAUUCACAUAUGAGCGUAGACCAGAGUCUCAAGCAUACAUUCCAGCUGGGGAAGGUGAUUUUUAUUAUGCUGGUGCUGCAUUUGGUGGCUUAUUAGAAGAUGUACAUCAACUCACCAAAACCUGCAGGGAGAAGCUGCUCAUUGAUGCUGCAAACUCCAUUGAGGCAGUAUGGCAAGAGGAGUCUCACUUGAACAAGUAUUUCCUUUUGAACAAACCUAAUAAACUGCUCUCUCCUGAAUAUAUGUGGAGGGACAUCAAUGAAAAAGCAGCCCAAAUAAAAGUUGUUCGCUUUUCUAAUGUAGCUAAAAACUAUGCUGAAGUUCGUCCAAACCCAUAGAAACUGUUGCCACUAUUUAACUAAAGUGACAUGGUGUUUUUCUCACAGGCCUCCCAUAAGACAUUGGAAUCUGUUAAUAGGUAGUACUGGCAGUAGGGAAAGUUGACAUCUGCCAGCAAGAAAGGGAUAAUUACAGACAUAUACCAAUGUUUAUGAGUGCAAUGUGGCAUCAGAAACAAUGUCUGCCAAAAUCUUUUUGA